GUGCUCAUUUCCUGUUUCUUCAUAUCAGGUAGAGAGCUCUGUUGUGCCUCUACCAUCAGCUCGUCAAGGCAUGCCAGCAUGUGCUUAACUCCAGCAUCACCAAUUUGAGCCUCCUAUCCUUCCACGACUUCUACUACACUUCCCCAUCAGUGAGAGUUGGCACCAUGAUGUCAUGGUAUAACAAGGUGUAUCUUGUUCUGUUGUGGAGCCUGUUUCUGUUGUAUUCUGAGGGAUCUCAGAACUUCACACUCACAGAAGACAGAGGCAGUAAUAUGAGCAUCAAUACAGCAGCAACACAAAAGAGAAGUUCGUCAAUGGUGGAAACCCAUACGGUGAUGUACAACAGCAGUACCCAUGAGGUAGGCGGUGCCAUUACUGUGGGUGUUAACGCCUCAGAGGCAACCAUGAUGACCAGCUUGGGUUCAACCCUUUCUCCCUUAGCAAUGCUCACUUCAUCAGGUACAACCCCAUCUCCCCUCACCACCAACCAACCCACCAGCCAGACGUCCUCUUCCCAUGGGCCAUCGAGCACAUCUGACCUCUUGUCCACCACCACUCCCAGCUCUACCAUCUGGUCCUCCAUCACAGAACUUAACACCACAUCUGAGGUGUCCUCCACCACUGGGCCCUCCUCCAUCUCUGGACCUUUCUCCACCAAUGUCUCAUCCUCCACCCCAAGGCCUAGCUCUACCAUUGUCUCAUCCUCCACCCCAGGGCCUAGCUCUACCAUUGUCUCAGCCUCCACCCCAGGGCCUAGCUCAACCAUUGUCUCAUCCUCCACCCCAAGGCCUAGCUCUACCAUUGUCUCAUCCUCCACCCCAGGGCCUAGCUCUACCAUUGUCUCAUCCUCCACCCCAGGGCCUAGCUCUACCAUUGUCUCAUCCUCCACCCCAGGGCCUAGCUCUACCAAUUUCUCAUCCUCCACCAAUGAGACUUUCUUAACCACUUUUUCACCCAUCUCAACCACUGACAAUUCUACCAACUCCUCUUCUGGGGUCCUGAUUCCCAAGAUGAAAACAGAGAAGUUCCCCAUCUUGAUCACCAAGACAACGACCACCAUGACAACGUUACCUUCUAAAAAAGAUCCAUCAGGGGGAGGGGGUCUGCCCUGCUCUCCUACCCGACGGGAUGGUCUGGUGAGCCAGUGUCUGAUUGCCAUUGCCUCCCUGGCUGCAGUGGCCACCUUCUUCAUGGUCAGCUGCAUCAUCCUCUGCACCAAGUACUCCUCCAGGAAGCAUCGCUACAGAGUGGGCACAAACAAUCGGAGCACUGAGAUGGUGUGUAUCUCUGCCCUGCUCCACGAUGACAAUGGUCCCCAUUGGAGACCCCACAUCCCCAAGAGCAACAGAGCCCUGCUGCCUGGAACAGAGUUGGAUAGUGACGAGGAGGGGGGAGAUGAUGUAACCCUCCACAGCUUCCUCCCAGACAAUGAGCAACGAGUCUAAAGUGUAGAUAUGCAGACUGUGUCAGACUCUGUGAAGUGCUAUAUGGUCCAAUUACACAGGGUACACAACUCCAGGCCUGAAGUUAAUGGUCAUCGCAGUCAUCUUAAAGUUCAUCAAGGGAAAGGAUUAAAAACAGAAACUGUGGGGGCGUAUAAAAGCUUUGUCGUUUUCCUACUUACUCUGGGUUAAAUGACCACUUUUCUUCAAUUGAUGAGACUUUGAAUUGUACAUCUGACUGGUCGACUGCUGUCAAUAUACAAACUGUUGCUCUUAGAAUAUAUUUUAGCGUCCUCUUUGAAGUUGUUGGUUGGGCCUCGCUGCACAUCCAUCUACUGCAACCAGUAGAGGAAGAGACAGAAACCACAAAUGGAGAACCAAUGAUACGUUACUUUAUUGUGACAUGUUUACAGCAAACAGUGACAAAGUUUGGAGAAGUCAGGUGGUCAAUCAUCCUCAAACGUAACGCAACCCAAUGCAGCCUCUGAGUAGUUCUGAGUGAGAUUGAGUUUUUGCACCAUUGCACUGACAUGAUUCUGUUGAUAACCUAAUAGGAUGAGAAUAGGAUGAGAACAGUGAUGUAAACAAAAUGUUUGCUACACAGACAGUUUAUUCGAGAGAUUUAGGAUUCUACAAUUGAUUUAUAGAUCUGGAAGUAAAGUUUAUGUUAUUUUUGAAGAGAAUCGUUCCUGCACAUACACACUUAUAGAGCUAUAAGAAGACCUAGACUGCUUAUGAUGACUCACUGUUCGUUUGGUCACUGGGUGGAUGGGGAUAUUUAGAGUUGUAUGUGGUCAGAAUUUUAUAGCCUUCAAUGUUCUGAGUGGAAAUACAUGAUACAAAAAACAAAAAACAUCAUUAUUUUAUUUUAUACAUGCUUCAGAAAAUAUGUAUCCUUGUGAGCAAUUUCAUUUAUUUGUUUUCUGCAAAAAAGCUUGUUCUUCUGGAAGUCUUGUUAGGUCUUGAUAACAAAACCAUCUGCCUUGAUGUACAGUGAGCCAAAACAUAGACUGUAUGAAGUAUAUCAAAUAUGGUCAGGGUCAAGCGAAUGUGAGAUGUGAUGAAAUGUCCUUUACAGGGUAAGUCAAAUAAGUCUGUAACCUUCUGUAUUGAGUGUCUGUGUAGACAGUCCCAGACGUUCGGCAGAUGUUUCUUGUGUCCUUGUCUUGCCAUAAUAUGUCAUAAUACAAAGAUACAGUAUCAUUGCUAAACCCAGACCACCUUCAAACCUUUCAAGCCCUCAGAUGUUUGACUUCUUUUUUAUUUUGUUGGGGUCUUAUCUCCGUGUGAGAGAGGGACAGGUUUCCUAGAGACACCACAUGUCUGUUUAUCUCUAAGUCCAGUCAAACACAAUGAAGAGGCUCCACAAUUUAACUGAAAAUUGAUCACAAAGGACUGGAACAAAUGAAUAGAUCAUAACAAAACUGUAAAGAAAUGACAAAGUGAUAUUAAACAACGGGCAGCUGGCUAA